AUGGUAGCGUUCCUAGCGAUUUGGUUGUUCAGUCCUGCGAUUCUGGCACUGAGGACCACGUCUGGCUCGCCUUGUGCAGGUGUCUGUGGAACAACGACGAAUACCACCUCCGAUGAGAUCACUUGUCUGGAUCGGUCGUAUAAUGGAACUUCGACGGGCAAGAACUUCGAGAACUGCAUCUCUUGCCAGUUGGAUAGUGAAUUCCACGAUGCCAACACUGGGGAAUCGGAUGUGAACUGGGGCCUUUAUAACUUGCGCUACGCUUUCUCCACUUGCGUCUUUGGGUUCCCGGACUCGAUUUCCAAUGUCUCCUCUCCUUGUCCGGUCGCGUGUGAUGGUGUUCGCACCGCACUCGAGACAGAUAUCGAGGAGCCGAGUACCUCGAAUCUGGAUGCUUGGUGCGACACUCCCACAUUCGCGGAUAAUGUUGUCAACACCUGCGAGUUCUGCUACAAUCUCACCACUACCCAAGUCUACAUGGCCAACUUCCUCGAGUCCAUCCGCUAUAACUGCCACUUCAAGACAGUCACUGGCAAGAGAUUCAACAUCGAUCCAACCAGGAUCUUCACCCAAUCCCUUCUCCCGUCCAGUCUCUCCCUCACGACACCAGGCGCCAGCUCCUCGAACCUCAACCUGGGCGUGGUAAUCGCCGUUCCAAUCGUCGGCUUCCUUCUCAUCCUCGUCACACUGACGAUAUGCUGCUUUUUCUUCAUCCGUCACCGUCGCAGGAAGGCGCGUCGGACCCGCCAGUCAGGCCAUACCAUUUAUAACAACUGGAAUUCUCCUUCGAAUGGCCAGCAGGCUUGGGCUGAGCAGCAUGCCGCAGGUGCGUACGGCUAUGGUGCUGGUCUGGGAUUCAUGGACAAUGAUGGCCGUGGUCAGGAAUUGCCAUACGGUCACGGCAGUCCAGACCAGCAAUAUCAGCAGCAUCAGUACCAGCAGCAUUUCCAGGGGCAGGAUAAGUCGGGCUUCUCGAACCAGAUCACUGAACAGCCGAGUCAGGUCCCUGUCCACUCCCAGGUUCUGGAUCCUGACUCGAAGCGUCCGCAGCAGUGGGAGUGA